AUGGGGCACCAGUCCGAAGGAUCAAAGAAAUCCAUUUGUUUAUCAGGGCUGGUAGCGGUGCCUGCUGAGGUCUGUUCUGUCUCUGAAGGGACAGGCUGGACCCUUCUGCACUCCAGUUGCACUAAUCCACAAUAUUGGAGGAGGGAGCAAGCCUGCUCCCCCUCAGUACUUGGUGAGGUGUCAGAUGAGUCUUCCCUGCUGAGGGCGCUGCAAAUCCCGGUUGCGGCCCCGCCUUGCCUUCACCUGCACUUCCGCCCCGCCCACCCCGCUACAGUUCCAGGAGAGUCAAGCUUCUGCUCUGGCCCGCCCACCUGUCCAGGUUCAGCAGUCCCAGCCGGAAGCCACCUCCACGGGCUGUGCACAGUGUCUGAAGGACUUGUGCCCCAGGGCUGCCUGGAGCCUGGGGUAUCCCUGGCUUUUUCUGACAGAGGCCAAGGCUCACCAAUGUCCUCAGGCCUCUCCAUGACAGGAGCAAACCAAACCGAGUCCUCAGAGUAUUACACCGCACCAACCAUGGCCCCUGGACUGGGCACCGGGGGCCGGGCGUGGCCCGUGCUGGUGGGGGUUGUGCUGGGGGCGGUGGUCCUCUCCCUAAUCAUCGCGCUUGCUGCCAAGUGCCACCUCUGCCGCAAGUACCGUGCCAGCUAUCAGCACCGCCCACUGUCGGGAGCGAGGAGCGGGAACCACCCACAGGUGGGUGAAGACGACGAUGACGACGGCUUCAUCGAGGACAAUUACAUUCAGCCUGGGGCCGGCGAGAUGGACACAGCGGGCAGCCGGGACCACUUCGCUCUGUGAGCCCCAUCUUUGGACACCCCCCUACUUCCCUCCAUGCCCGGCACUUGAAAGACAGUGAUGCCUCAAGCCUCAGGGUCAGAAGUGGCUAGUAUGGAAAGCUUGACCAGGACUCUGUUUUCCGAUACUAGUCGCCAAAGUGACAAUUCUGUUUCUCAGUAACUCUUCGGGUGGCUCCCUGCCGCCCCAGGAUAAACCCUGACGGUGUAUGAAUGUGGGGAAAGGCCCCGGGAGCAGGCCUCUUGAUUUCCUUGCCUUGCCUCUCUCCCCGCUACUUUAAGUUUUUACCGUAGUCACCCCCCUGCCAGGGCCGCUUUGCCCUUCAUCACGAUGGCAGCCCUGACCUACACGUCCCGGGAUUUCACACACGCCCCAGCAGAAGGCCGUGCCAAAUUUCUUACUGAAAAAAAUUUUCAUGUCAAAAUUAAGUAUGUGACUUGGUUUUAAUAUGUCAUGUUUUUCACAGGAAUUAAUAAACCUAUUUUCAUUUUGGAUUAA